UUGUUUACCGCAGAGAACGCAAUCGCUGCGGUUUCCGUCGCUCGGCUUCUCUGAUUAGGCGCCUCAAGUGAGCGAGCGAUUUUUUGCGAAAACGGCUCGUGGAAAAUAAUUCAGUUUUCUUCAUUCCGCCGCCGACGACGCAAGCGCUCGGUUGUGUGCUCGCUCGAGAGGUCUCCACCCGCCCACUCAUCACUCCUCGAUUCGUUCGUUCGUUCGAGUGUCGUGCUGGCUUCCCGGAAUCUUCAAGUGAAUCGAACGCCUGCGACUGGAAUUCCGGCUUACAAGCAGCACCCAACCGACACCAAUCCUAACCAGCAGCCAUGACGGAGAACGAGAAUGAGCCGCUGAACGACCUGCAUGGCCAGGUCAACGGUCGCAUCCUGCCCGCCAAUGGACACACCAACGGACUGGUUCAUGCCAACGGAAAGGAUUCGGGGAAGGCGCCUGCUCCGCUCCAGAACGGCAAUGGGACACACAUCGAGGCGCCCUGUUGUCGGGACAUACACGGCAAGGAGCCGCCGGAUGGUGGAGCCCGCGCCUGGUUGGUCAUGGUGAGCGCCUUCCUCUGCAACGGAAUCAUCUUUGGAUUCAUCAACACAUACGGCGUGAUCCACUCGCUGCUGACGGAGCGGCUCACAAAGCUCGGGGAUCCGGAGGCCUCCAGCAAGGCGGCUCUGAUUGGGGCCCUGGCCAUCGGCACCACAUUCCUCUUCUCCACAAUGGCCGGCUGCCUGACCGACAAGAUUGGCCUGCGGCUGACCACAUUCGCCGGCGGAGUCCUCUCCGCAGGAGGACUGCUGCUGUCCUCGUUCUGCACCGAGAACAUCAGCGCUUUGUACUUCACCUACGGCAUCAUGUUUGGCCUGGGAGCAGCCCUCGCCUACACGCCCACUUUGGCCAUUCUGGGCCAUUACUUCAAGCGCUACCUGGGCAAGGUGAGUGGCUUCGUGACCGCCGGCUCCAGCGUUUUCACUGUGAUACUGCCACCCUGUCUGGACAAGCUCCUGGCCGGCUAUGGUCUGGAGGGAACACUGAGGAUAAUGAGCCUCGUGUCCGCCUUCAUUAUCGUCUGCUCCUUCGUUUACAAGCCACUGCAUCCGCCACCGGAGCCGCCCAAGAAGAAGCCCGGCAGGUCGCGCCUCAAUCUCUUCAUGCGCUCCAUAAUAAAUGUGGAGAUCUGGAAGCGCAAGCGCUUCGUCAUCUGGGCUCUCUGCGUGCCCCUUGCCCUUUUUGGAUACUUUGUGCCCUAUGUGCACAUGAUGCAGUUCGUGAAGACCACUUUUCCGGGCGAGGAUGUCAACCUGCCGGUCAUGUGCAUCGGCAUCACUUCCGGCAUUGGACGCCUGAUCUUCGGGGUUAUUGCUGAUAUGCCGGGUGUAAACCGCAUGUACCUGCAGCAACUGUCGCUGGUCUCCAUUGGCGUGGUCACCCUGCUGCUGCCGCUGACCAACUCGUAUGUGGUCCUCGUCUCGUUCACCCUGGUCAUGGGACUCUUCGACGGCUGCUUCAUCUCGCUGCUGGGUCCGAUUGCCUACGAGAUCUGCGGUCCUUCGGGAGCCACGCAGGCCAUUGGCUUUCUGCUGGGCCUUAGCUCCAUUCCGCUCACAGUGGGUCCACCAGUGGCAGGCAUGAUCUUCGACAGCACGAACUCCUACACCCUGCCCCUGAUCCUCGCCGGACUGCCCCCACUGCUCGGCUCCUCGCUGCUAUUCCUGAUCAAGUGCGUUAAGGAGGAGGAGAACGGGGUCAGUGCGCCGCGAGCGGUGGUUAUGGCCAACGGAGAUAUCGAGAUAGCCGGCAACGGCCAUUAUCGGUCGGAUGGCACCAAGUCCAGUGCACCGUUGAUGGGUGCCACUAAUGGUGUCAAUGGAACCGGAGGAGCUGCCCCAACGAUCCAGAGCAACGGACACCUGGACAAUGGAACUGGGAAACUCGCCGUGCCCAACGGAUCGGCGUCGUAGAGAGACAGUCGUCGCACUAACUCAAAAUUCCACAAAACUUUCGAAACCAAUUGAAAAGUUCUGCCAUUUUCAGCUGUAAUCUCGCCGUCAGAGCCCGCAGCUUAGCCAGCGCAAAAUCGAGGUGUUCAUUCGUUAUAUAAACCAUAGCUAUUUGCCCAUUCAUCGGAUCGGUUGAGAUGCCUGUGCGCUUCCUCUAUCCUUCAUACGUGCAUAAUAUAUUUAGGCUAAGGAGAAUUUGCAAACCAAAUAAAAGUAAUAUUUUAAUUUUUAACAAAUAGGAA